AUAUCAUCCAGGGUCCGAUUGGGGAGGAGCGAGCAACGGGCCGUUAAUGUGGGCGCCAGUAGGGGCUGGGGUUGCAGCGGGAAGAUACCCGCUCUUGGCCCCGGCACUCCGCCAUCCAGUGAUGGGCCCACACACCAUCGCCAGAGAGAGAGUGUAAAUUGCAACUGCAGCCAGCGGGGCGUGCAGUCAUCCCAGCGCUUAUACAGUACAUACGCACACAAAUAUAGAUAGACGGGGGUUUGAGCGCCGUCCCCCGCAACAAUGACUCAGGGCCAGGUUGUUUGACUUUGCUCGACACGAUGGAGCCCGGCAGCUAUCCAGACUUUGGUGAUCUCCCCAAGGUGGAAGGGAUGCCGCAGGGGUGUGCCUGGGGUGUCUUUGACAAGGAUGGCAAGAAGGAUCUCCUCGGGACUCUCAACUUCCUGACGCCCCAAGUCGUCCAGGCCGCCGCGGCCGAGGUCAAGGCCGGCGUCUCGAUAUCACUAAACUGGCCCCUCAACGCAUUCAAGAUCCCGCUCCCCUUCCGCCGAUCGCCAACCCACACGGUCGUCGACCUACGAGAGGCCGGGCUCGAGAGCGACGGGUGGGACGACGAGCUGGAGUUCAACACGCAGUGCAGCAGCCAGUGGGACAGCCUCACGCACUUCCCGGACCAGGCGACGGGGCUCGCGUACAACGGCGCCAAGCCCACUAAGGAGGGCCUCAGCGUGUCGUCGACCGAGGAGAACGGCCUCCCGACCUGCGAGCACUGGCACGCGCGGGGCGGCAUCGUCGGCCGCGGCGUGCUGGUCGACUACAAGGCAUACGCCGAGGAGACGGCCCAGACGGGCGCCGUGCCGUACUCGCCGUUCGACGGUCACCGGAUUACCGUGCAGGAACUCGAGGCCGUCGCGAAGCAUCAGGGCGUCGAGUUCCGCCCCGGGGAUAUCUUGAUUGUCCGCACCGGAUACACGGAACUGCUCGAGGGCCCGACCGAAGCGCUCGUGCCGCAGCUUAGCAAGGGCACACUGUCCGGGGUGCACGGCACCGAGGAGACGGCACGCUGGGUGUGGAACCACCGGUUUGCGGCCGUUGCUGGCGACUCUCACGGAUUCGAGGCGAUCCCGCCGGUCAAACCGGACGGAAGCGUGGCGGGGAUGUCGGAUCUAGUGCUUCACCAAUGGUUUCUAGUCAUGUUCGGGCUUCCCAUCGGGGAGCUCUGGGAUCUCAAGGCCUUGUCGGCGCAUUGCAAGAAGUCUGGGCGGUACAGCUUCAUGCUGAGCUCGGUGCCUCUGAAUCACCCCGGCCUCGUGGCUUCUCCGCCAAACGCCCUGGCCAUUUUCUAAGGAAAAGAUGCCGGAACGGAGGGCUGAGAAGUAUUUCACACAGAAUAGAAAUAGUAGCCCCUGUUCGCUGGUGGAGUGGGGCCCCAAUUUGAUCACCCGAAUCCGAAUCCGAUUACGGAGGAGAUACUUUCUUUGAUGGUGUUUG